AUGUAUUGCCAUAAUAGCAAGUUGUUUCUUCUCCGGGAAGAAAAAAAUGGUGAAUGGAGGCGACAAAAUAUUUGCAUGGGAAGUGAUGAUGUUUGCAAAAAUGGAGGAAUACAAAAUCAAUUUGCAAAAUAUAUUUUAGCUUUUGGAGAAGAUGAACAAGGCGAGAUCUACGUGUUGAGUACUCACAACCCAAGACUUGGUUUGCCGGGAGGAAGUAUCUAUAAACUUGUCGAUCCGUCAAGAAGAGGAGAACCAAGUGCCUGCAAAACUCCUACCCCAGUGGAGACCGAAGUUGCCAAAGGAACAGCAGCAAUUCCAUACAAAAGACAGUUUAACUGAACGUUUUGUAUUGUAUACAUGCAAAGC